ACCUCGCUCCUCUUGGUCUGUGCCCCUUCCGAGGCCAUCUCCUGCCAGGAGGUUUUGGGGCGAGGGACGCGCUGUGUGUCUGAAAAACUGUGCCUUGUCUGCCCCGGGAAAGCAUGUUCAUGGAGAGCCUCGGGUUUUGCGGCCGCGUCGGCUUUAUUGUCACUCUCCUAGCACCCUUAAAUCACGACCGCAGCCCCCCUCAGUCUGCACUGUCAGUGAUCUUGGAUUCCACCCAUUUCUGCUCAGACCAUGAAACCCUCGGGCACGCCCCUCCAGAAGCUGUUACCCAAGACAAUCUAGUUUUCCUUUAUACAUCUCUCUAAGACCCUUAUGAAGUUUCUUGUUCUGAAAUUGCUGUACUGCAAUGAAGAAGAGGAGAAAGGUUACUUCAAAUCUUGACGAGAAGAUCCAUCUAGGCUAUCAUAAAGAUUCUUCAGAAGGAAAUGUUGCAGUGGAGUGCGACCAAGUGACCUGCACUCAUUCUACAGAAAGACCAACUCCUGAAGCUCUUCACUGUUACCAGGAACUUCCUCCCUCUCCAGACCAGAGAAAGCUUUUGAGUUCUUUGCAGUAUAAUAAGAAUUUGCUAAAGUACUUAAAUGAUGAUAGACAGAAGCAACCAUCUUUCUGUGAUUUACUUAUCAUAGUAGAAGGAAAAGAAUUUAGUGCACAUAAAGUAGUCGUUGCUGUAGGCAGUAGUUAUUUUCAUGCAUGUUUGAGUAAAAAUCCAAGCACUGAUGUUGUCACCCUGGAUCACGUAACACAUUCAGUUUUUCAGCAUUUGCUUGAAUUUCUUUACACAUCAGAGUUCUUUGUGUACAAAUAUGAAAUACCUCUCGUUUUAGAGGCUGCAAAAUUUUUGGACAUUAUAGAUGCAGUAAAGCUACUAAACAAUGAAAAUGUUGCCUCUUUUCAAUCAGAACUAACUGAAAAGUCCUCAACAGAAGAAACACUAAAUGAAUUAACUGGAAGACUAUCAAAUAAUCAUCAGUGCAAAUUCUGUAGUAGACAUUUUUGUUACAAAAAGUCUUUAGAGAAUCACUUGGCUAAAACUCAUAGGUCCCUUCUAUUAGGGAAAAAACAUGGGUUAAAAAUGCUGGAGAGAAGUUUUUCAGCAAGAAGAUCAAAAAGGAAUCGGAAGUGCUCUGUUAAAUUUGAUGACACCAGUGAUGAUGAACAGGAAAGUGGUGAUGGGUCAGACAAUUUGAAUCAAGAAAGUUUUGAUAAGGAAAAGUCAAGUAGAAAUGAUUCAGAGGAUCCUGGAAGUGAAUAUAACGCCGAAGAAGAUGAGCUAGAGGAGGAGAUGUCAGAUGAAUAUUCUGACAUUGAAGAACAAAGUGAAAAAGAUAAUGAUGCGGAAGAGGAACCUGAAGCUGGUGAUUCUGUAGGAAGCAUUCAUGAAGGGUUAACUCCAGUAGUCAUUCAAAACAGUAACAAAAAAAUAUUGCAGUGUCCUAAAUGUGAUAAAACGUUUGACCGAAUAGGGAAAUACGAAAGUCACACCCGUGUGCACACAGGUGAGAAGCCCUUUGAAUGUGAUAUUUGUCAUCAGCGCUACUCAACAAAGUCUAACCUAACUGUUCACAGAAAGAAGCACAGCAGUGAAACAGAAUUUCACAAGAAGGAGCAUAAGUGCCCUUAUUGUAAUAAACUUCAUGCAAGCAAGAAGACUUUAGCCAAGCAUGUAAAGAGAUUUCAUCCUGAAAAUGCACAAGAAUUUAUUUCCAUUAAGAAGACUAAGAGUGAAAGUUGGAAAUGUGAUAUUUGUAAGAAAUCUUUUACUCGAAGACCACACUUGGAGGAACAUAUGAUUCUGCAUUCUCAAGAUAAGCCUUUUAAGUGUACCUAUUGUGAAGAACAUUUCAAAUCACGGUUUGCACGGUUAAAGCAUCAGGAAAAGUUCCAUCUGGGUCCUUUUCCAUGUGAUAUAUGUGGUCGGCAGUUCAAUGACACUGGAAAUUUGAAACGUCAUAUAGAAUGUACUCAUGGUGGAAAGAGAAAAUGGACUUGCUUCAUUUGUGGGAAAUCAGUACGAGAAAGAACUACUUUAAAAGAACACUUGAGAAUCCACAGUGGAGAAAAGCCUCAUCUUUGUAGUAUCUGUGGGCAAAGUUUUCGGCAUGGAAGUUCAUACAGACUUCACUUACGAGUGCAUCAUGAUGAUAAAAGAUAUGAAUGUGAUGAAUGUGGAAAAACAUUCAUUCGUCAUGACCACCUUACUAAGCACAAAAAAAUACAUUCAGGUGAAAAGGCUCAUCAGUGUGAAGAAUGUGGAAAAUGUUUUGGUCGGAGGGAUCAUCUCACUGUUCAUUACAAAAGUGUGCACCUUGGAGAAAAAGUGUGGCAAAAAUAUAAAGCAACAUUUCAUCAAUGUGAUGUUUGUAAGAAAAUUUUUAAAGGAAAAUCAAGUCUGGAAAUGCAUUUUCGGACACAUUCAGGUGAAAAACCAUACAAGUGUCAAAUUUGCAAUCAGUCUUUUAGAAUUAAAAAAACUUUAACAAAACACCUAGUUAUUCAUUCUGAUGCCCGACCUUUCAACUGUCAGCACUGUAAUGCAACAUUUAAGCGAAAAGACAAGCUAAAAUACCAUAUUGACCACGUUCAUGGAAUUAAGUCUCCUGAUGAUCCUCUCAGUACAUCUGAUGAAAAACUUGUGUCUUUGCCAGUGGAAUACUCAUCUGAUGAUAAAAUCUUUCAAACAGAAACAAAACAGUAUUUGGACCAGCCCAAAGUUUAUCAGUCAGAAGCCAAGACUAUAUUACAGAAUGUGUCUGCUGAAGUGUGUGUUCCAGUGACACUGGUUCCAGUUCAGAUGCCUGAUGCUCCAAGUGAUCUGGUCCAACAUACGGCUGCACUCCCACCGUCCUCUCAUGAGAUCCUGUCACCACAGCCACAGCCCACGGAUUAUCCACGCGCGGCUGACUUAGCUUUUCUGGAAAAAUAUACUCUUACUCCUCAGCCUGCAAAUAUAGUUCAUCCAGUCCGACCUGAACAAAUGCUAGAUCCUCGAGAGCAGUCUUACCUUGGAACAUUGCUGGGUCUUGAUAACACUACUGCUGUUCAAAACAUUUCUGCGAAUGAACAUCAUCCAUGAGAAAACAUUCCACAAACUUUUUGAUGGUUGUAUGCUAAUGGUAGACAAAAGCUAGUGGCUUUUAAAUUAGUAGAGUUGCUAUUGUUUUUGUUUUUUUAAUUUCCUCUGGUUUCUCAAGUCCUUAGAACAAUUUCAAACCAAGAAAAAUGUUAACUGAACAUAUGGAUAUUUGGACACAUUUUGGCAUCAUAUUUAAAGUAAAUGUUUUUGUGAUUUUUAAAAUUCCUGCUAAUUUUUAAUGGUUCUUAAACUUUUCAGAAUUAUUAGCUGGUGACAGUAUG